AUGUCUCUACGCGCCAAGAUCCUCACCCAUUCGCUACCGCUUCUCCCGACCCACUCGUUCACGCGCCAGACCCUGGCGCUCGCCCUGUCCCGCCUUCCUUCGGACCAUCCAGAUCAUCGCGUCGAGCCGAUCCCAGACUCGGUGCUCGACACCCUGUUUGGCGAUGGUCGGGCAGCCCCCAAGGCUCUCGUACAGAGAUGGGAAGAGGAAGGGAUAGAGCCCAUGGAGGCGGAGUCUGGCUCGAAGCCCUCAAUCGCGGGACUGGAGUCGAGGUUGAGAUCGAGAUUAACUUACUCAGCUGGACUCGGUCACUACCUCCCAGAGGCAUACUCCAUCUUAUCAGCUCCUGAAUCGGAAACAUCCAUACCAAUACCCUCGAUCCCUCUUCCUAUCCGCCAGCUCCUCCGUCUCCGGCUGCCGCCUAUAUACACACCGCCGGGACUGGCCGCCCAUGGCGCCUUGUCAGCCGGAGACUAUCUGUCAGGAGUGGCGGGCAGAAAUGGCGGGCGACUACCCAUCCCGCUGACGAAUCCUAUUGGUCCGAUGGCAUAUGCUUGGCGGAUAGCAGAUGCGGCGAUACGUGCGGAUGAAAGGGCAGAGGGGAUCAAGCGGGGAGUCAUGAAUGAGCCGGUGGGACCUGGUCCCGAGUGGUAUACUAGCCGGAUAUCGCUCGCGCUCGCAUACCUUCGAGCUGAAUCCCAUCUACUCAAGCCAUACCCCGACCUACCGCCAAAUCAGGUCUACGCUGAGAAGCAGCCAAAUCCUCAUCUCGCUUCCGCGCAUCAAGCGCUCGAGCGGAAUUUGCAGUCUUAUCGGCGGACACGAGAUACGGUGGAUGGGAUUGAGAAGGGCGCUGGAUCGGUAGGAGGGUAUCUCGAGUUUGCUGCAAGGAGUGUAGGGGGAUUAUGGAGGAGUAGAUACCUGUAA